AUUAAUCAAUUACGCGGUUUCCUAAAUCAAUCUGAUGUAAUUUGCUUAGCACUGCUCGAUAAAUUUUAUUGCUCUCAUGUGACACUCAUUCAACAAAACUCAUGUAUCGUGUAAAUAUAGAUCUUCAAACAAUAAAAAGUAAUCUGGUUAAAUUAGACAGAAUUCUAUCCGAUACAAGUGAGAAUCAAAUUUGAUUAUCAAUUUAAUCUCAAAUAUUAAUAUCAAAAUGUCAAUCGAAUGUAUAUUUUGUUGUCAAAAAUUUAUCGAAUCUUUAUAAAGAUUGACACAUCUGAGAGUUUCUUCUGGAUUGAAAGGUUUUGGACUCAAAAAAUCAAAAGGUUUCCUCUCGAUUCUUCUGAUUUUGAAAUAAAACAUAAUCUGCUCGUUGUAUCUACUCUUGCCGCAGGACAAGAGUGCGGAAAAAUGACGGGGCUCAGAGACAAAAAGAGCGAGGAUAGAGGAGGUCCUCUUGUAGUUCUCUGUCUUUAGGGGAGGGGGGGGACUCACCGAACAGGUUUUAAAACGGGACAGGACCGGUGUAUGAUAUUUGACGUCUCCGUACGUCGUAAAUCUUUAAAAAUAUACAAUUAGGCGAACCGCCGCGUCUAUUCCGCGAAUGCGGAAAGCUCCUCUCUCUCACGGAUUUCUUUCAGCGUUCGAUAUUUUUCUCACGGGUAAACCGAUCAUUUGGACAGAAUUCUUAUCCUUUUUCGCGUUGUAUGUCACAUCGUUAGAAGUAGAGGGACUCAAGUAUAUCUCGAUUGUCUUCUAUCUGAUUGCGAGUCCAAUUGGCUGAAUACGAUAAAUAUACGAUUAGCAUCCUUUGCGGUGAUUCAAGUGUUCAUCCAUACAAGCGCGCUGUAACGUAUUAAUAACAAGUAAAGGUCUUUAAAAGAUCUUACGCAUUGUCAAUUGACCAUAAUAAAACUCUAAUAAUUAUAGAAUAUUGCAGGAUAGGAAAGCUAUUUUAUGAAAGCAAUUCGUUACCAUUAUCGUUCUUUCUUUUUCUGAAAAAUAACUCGUUAUUAUUGCUCAUUACUGAUAAAAAAAUAACGAUAUAACUAAUCUCAUUACUGAUAAAAAGUAUAUGCGCGUUUAUGUUUCCCUUCCGGGGGAAGGUUAUCACGAGCGAGGAAGGAAAUACGAACGGUAGCGAAAUUCCGCGCAGUCAAUAGUCGACGAACAGGUCAAGUGUAAAGAUUAUAGAAACGUUGAUGAAUUAAAGAGCAAAGAAUUCACACGUAACUCUUACGGGAGGAUCGUUUCCUGAAGUAUCGUAAAAUCGAUACGAGGAUGAAUUGUCCUCUCCAUACGUCGUUCGAUCAAAUCGCGAAGAAGCAUACGAACGUAAAUCAUAAUUCGCGUCGAACUUACACGGACGAAGCGCAGUAAUUCUCUCGCCGAGAAUCGUUUGAUUUCCGCGAUGACAUCCAUACUGUCCGGGCAAGAGAGCAGCGCGACGAUGAAGCAAAAGUUAAUAAGGGACGCGCCUGCGAAGAAGACCAGGUCCUUCCUGGACUUCUCGCGGGAGAACCUGAGCGUCUCGCAGCCCGACCUCGAGCAAGGAUUCAACCGACCGCGGCUCGUAAAACCGAGCAGGAGCACGAUCCUGAGCGCGGCCGCCCUCGUGGCCGCCAUUCUCUGCCUCGGCCUUCAGAGCUGGAAGCUACUGUUGAAUACCCGCGAAAUCGAGCAGCUGAGAAUAGAGAUCAACAUCCUGCAGAAUCAAUUUCUGAAGCUGGAACCUGGGCUAAAUGAACUGGACUUAAUGGACAAGACCUUAGAGGAACAGCUGAACGAGUCUACCGAGAUUAAUGAACCGGACAUUUACAACGCCGACUACGACUCUAAUUACGACGACGAUGGUUCCGCGUCGCACGACUAUUCCGACCGCGUUUACAUUCCCUUCAGUCCCGUCACCUACGGCCGCGGCAGGUCAUUGGAUUUCCAUGACGUUACGUCCACGUCGGUACCGAUACCCACGUCCCCGGAUCCCGGCGCCAAUAAAGAUAUGGUCGAGUUGCUUGCAGCCUUGCGGAAGGUCGAAGCCAAGCACGGGCAGGACUUCGAGAGGAACGUACGAGAGAAUCACAAAAAUAUCGAGCGGGAGCAUUUUAAAGAGGGACACGAGAACCAAUCAAGUCACGAGGAGAAGACGAGUGACGCAAGUAGCACAAGAUACAAACUCGAUGCUACUACUGCCAGCAAACUUACAAGUUCAGGACACAUCAAAGAGAGUAUUAAAUCAAAGCGAUCCAUAAACAAUUUGACUGAUGACCUUGCGAGAGAUACAGCGAAUAGCAAACGACGUAAUACUAGAAGAAUUAUGAUGAGAACGCGUUCUUAUGUAAGCGAAAGCGACGCGAAUGACAAUUCUGGGACAAAUCCAACAUCACAUCCACCGAAGAAGUAUCACGCCCAUACGCCGGAGACAAUUCCCCCGGCGCGCCAUGACCGAUUAAGAGAGGAGACUACUCUGCAGCCCGACAGACAUGGAAGCACGGAAAUUGCAAGCGACAGAACUGACAGAAGGAUCAAAUGGCGAAAUCGUGACGUCUCGGGAAACAGAACUGAUAUUCGACGACCCGUUCAGGUUUACGCGAUCCACUACGAGGCGGACAGCACCCUUUUCUCGAUACAGGACGAUUACACCGGUAACGGCAGAGCGCGGCACGACAACGGCGUCUUCAGGGCGUGGCAGCCGAGCGAGUGGGUGACCGAUCUUGGUAUGAACCGGCACUUCACGCUCGCGGGCGACGGCAAGCUCACCGUGCACGAGUCGGGAUUGUAUCUGGUGUACGCGCAGAUCCACUACCUGGACGAGCACGACGAGAGUGGCUUCCACGUGUUAGUGAACGGCAGGCCUUUACUGCAGUGCACGGCGUACAGUCCAGGUACGGGACAUAAGAGUCACUCGUGUUUCUCAGCCCAAGUGACCAUUCUCCAUGCAGGCGAUCACCUAGUCCUGAAAGAUAUAUCAGCGAGAUAUACCCUUUUCCAGUAUGACAAAAGUUUCUUCGGCUUGGUAAAAGUUGGUGAAUUGAGACAGCAGCAGAGACAUCCGCCGACACAUUAGUAAUUGUAACGCUGUAGAAUUAUCAACGCUGAAUAAAAGUGAUACGCGAUUUGUAGUCAAAAACUUUAUUCUUUAAAAGUUAGCUAUAAACUCGUACAAUUUGUAUCUAAUGUAAAAUAAUAUACUUUUAACUUACGAGUCACACUAUUUCUUCGUAAUUCCGUUUUGUAGAUGCAUGAUCUUGCAUGAUUUUUAUCGUAAUUAAGCUUUUUAUAUUUUACAAUUAAUUUUUAUAUUUUAAAAU